AACGGUACAGAAUUAAUGCGGUGCACUGCAUUUUCGGUUUCCGGCAAAUUAGUAUAUUGAUUACGAGAAAAAGCACUGUAUUGUUUUGUGGUGCAGCAUGUAUCAUCAUAAAUUAAGCAACCAAGGCAAACAUAGUUGCACGCUUAGAGGAAAUGUCAUUCAGUUCAAACGCUAUUCAGUUCACAUCGAACAGAGCACUGAGUUGUUUCAGUCCAGUUGUUUCACAAAUGAAAUGGUCCGCAACUUGUGAUACUCUGCGUCAAGCGAGAGUUGCAUUGUCCUAAGGAUUAAAGGCCAUCCUCUUGCAUCAUUCAGCAUAUUGAAAGCCCGAGGAUCCGACGUGUUAUAAUAGUUUAAGGGGAAUCAUAAGUUAAACAGGUACGCGAACGAGAUGUCGUCGGGCAGGAGCGAAGAACCUAAUUCCCAAGUCCCGGAGAAGAAUGUGAGUGAAAUCGUCGAUUUUUACAAAGGGGCGAAAGUUUUGGUGACAGGUGGGUCUGGCUUCAUCGGCAAAUUAAUCAUCGAGAAAUUAUUGAGGUGCUGCCCGGAUAUCGCAAAGAUUUACAUGUUGAUAAGACAGAAAAAGGGGAAGUCUGUGGAAGAACGAUUCAAAGACUGCGUCGACGAUGUCGUAUUUAGCAAGACGAAGCGGGAACAGCCAGACUUCUUAAAUAAGAUAGUGUUAAUAGAGGGCGAUGCUGCCGAAGAAAAUUUCGGAUUGUCUGCGCAAUCUGUACUGACACUAAACGACACAAAUAUCGUAAUCCAUGCUGCUGCAAGUGUCAACUUCAACGAGAAGCUCCGUACGAUAGUGCACACCAACGUGAGAACUACAAAGCAGUUGUUGCUGUGGGCGAAAACGCUGCCGAACUUGAAGUCAUUCGUGUACGUAUCGACAGCAUUCUCGAACUGCGUACAUGAGACCAUCGACGAAAUCCAUUACGAUCCUCCCAUGGACUGUGACAAACUAAUCACAUUGGUGAAUUGUUUGGACGACGAUAAACUGCUAGCGAUAGAGGCUACAUUGCGGGGAAAAUGGCCGAACAACUACGUUUUCUCUAAAUCAAUUGCAGAAAGUGUUGUUCUAAAGUAUGCGGGUGACCUUCCAGUAGGGAUUGUUCGACCUUCAAUUGUGACGACAACGUUCCACGAACCUCUCGCAGGAUGGGUCAACAAUCUAAACGGUGCCACUGGCAUUGUUUUCGCAUGCAGUUUGGGACUGAUACAUACACUGCACUGCGUAUCAGAGUGCGCAGCAGAGAUUAUACCUGCGGAUUAUGUCGUGUCCAACACUAUCGCUGCAACUUGGGACAUCAAUAAGCGGAAUGUUUUGGCAAAACUGGAGCAGAAGUCGGACAUGCCUGACGAGGAGAGGGUACCCGUUUACAAUCAAGUAACGUCACCUCAGAACCGAAUCGAAUGGAGCAGAUUCAUGUAUCUAACUAAAUACUACGGUAUGCCAAUCCCUCCCAAGGACGCGAUUUGGUACUACUGGUUGCUAUUGAACAGAAACCUGUUCAUUCACAAUAUAUGCUCUAUACUCUUCCACAUCAUACCGGCAGCCAUCGCGGACACGUUGGCGCGAAUCACAGGACGUAAACCUAUGUUAAUGGAUGCUUAUGCGAAAAUUGGAAAGUUCAGCGGUGUAAUAGACAUUUUCACCAUGCAACAGUGGAAGUUUCGGGAUGAGAACGUGAAGAAAUUGUGGUCGAAGCUGAGACCCAUCGACCGGAAGAUCUUCAAUUUCAACGUGGCGGACAUAAACUGGUCCCUGUACUUGUUUGGGAACAUUAGAGGCCUUCGUGUAUACUUGAUGAAGGAUCCACUCACUGAAGAGUCCUUACGAGCGGGCCGCAGUAAAUUCUUCAAGUUGCGCAUUGCAAAUUAUGUCGUAAUUACACUAUACGUGCUGUUGGGACUAUGGAUUGUCUAUUCUUUAGUUUCCUUGGUUUGGUCGUUCUGUCCGUUGUCGCAUUAGCGUUUUCGCUAGUUUUGUAAGCACCAGAGAAUUGAAUUAAACUUGAAAUAAUUUUCUGUGUGAAUCUAUAAGAAAAGCUGUUUCAUUUUGUUGAACCGAACAAUGUUUAUUGUGAAAUCUUCGUUUUACAUCUGACACUUGAUUGAACAACAUAAUUUUGUAAAUAGUGUCCACGAAAUUUUGUAUGACAGUAAAGAUAUUUGUUGUAAAACGUGUAACGUUAAAGACACUUAACUCUCAGUCCUACUUUAGCAUAUAGUAUCUUCGUAAUUUAUUAGAAAUUUUAGUUAAUACAUCAGUUGAACUUAUCUAUGCGUCUAAUUAAAUGAAAUAAUAGACUUGAUGGUGUGAAGAUUAGGGACCUCUUCCAAUUAUUAGACUAUAAGUUUAUUGAAUAAUUAUUAAAAAGCUUAACAGGAA